AGAAAAAUAUUUUUAUAAAAUGGGAAAACCAAGGCGAAAGAUUUAAUUCCUCGAGAUUUUUUUUGUUUCUUUUUUUUGGCGACGGCAAAAGAUAGAUUACUUCACCGCCACAGUCGACGGCCUAACUGUACGGCGACGCAUGGCGAUCUUCGACCGGCAACAGCGGAGCUCCGAGAGGAAGGUGUUUAGCCUUUUUCACUUUUGGCAAACUUCCGCCACGACAAACAACUCUUCCUCUUCUUCCUCCACUCAAAACCUCAACCACAAUGGCAACCGCUAUACGGAUACGGUUACCGCCAAGCGCUUCAAAACCGUCUCUUUUAUAGCCAGAUCGCUUCUCCCUCCUCGCCGCCGGCUUCGCCUUGAUCCUACUAAUAACCUCUACUUCCCUUAUGAGCCUGGAACUCAGACGAGAAGUGCGAUCAGGUUGAAGAACACUAGUAAAUCUCACGUAGCUUUCAAGUUCCAAACUACUGCACCCAAGAGUUGUUUUAUGCGUCCACCUGGUGGCAUUUUGGCGCCAGGGGAAAGCAUUAUCGCGACUGUGUUUAAAUUUGUGGAGCGUCCGGAGAAUGAUGAGGUGCAGGUGGAUUUAAAGAGUAAAGUUAAAUUUAAGAUAAUGAGUUUGAAGGUGACAGAUGGGGUGGAUUACUUGCCUGAGCUUUUUGAUGAACAAAGGGAUCAAGUGACUGUAGAAAGAAUUUUGCGGGUUGUGUUUCUAGAUGUGGAGCGUCCUAGCCCUGCAUUGGAGAAACUUAAACGUCAGUUGGCUGAGGCUGAGGCUGCUUUCGAAGCACGCAAGAAACCUCCCCCAGACACGGGUCCCAGGGUUGUUGGAGAAGGUCUUGUGAUUGAUGAAUGGAAAGAGCGAAGGGAGAAAUACCUGGCACGUCAGCAAGUUGAAGCGGUAGAUUCAACAUGAAGUCUUGUUUGCUUUGACUGUAUGUGAUUUUGUCUUCUUUGGUGGAAAAGGAUGCAUCCUUUGACCCCCUCUGUAAGUGAGGGAACGCGAAGGGAUGACUGACAGCCCCGUUCCUGUAGGACAAUGUCAAGGUACCUGACUCUUGUGCUAAAGCCAUCCCACUUGUAGAUAAAGGGUUUUGUUUUCUCAUGAAACUAAAUGCAAGGCACAAUGCAUUAUCAUAUUUGGUUAACUUUUUCGAGGCCGGAUUGCUUGUAUAUGUCACAGGUGUUUAGCCUCGUUUUUCAGAUGCAAUAUUGCCUUUUUUUUCUGAUGCAAUAUUUGAUUAAAGUUAUAUCCAUUGUGUUCUCUAAGAUUGUACCAUUCCCUGUGACUGUAUUUGGACAAGCAUGAAUUUUGCUCUGUUUUCAAGUGAUUUAUGUAUUUUAUUCUGGUUUUUUUUAAUGAUCACCUGUUCUUUACCAUAAAAGAGAAAUUGUCUUAAAUACUUGUAUGACAUUAUGACGAUGGUUACCACUAGUAUU